UCGCCCCGGACGUCAUCAUUCCCCGCUGCCGCUCACGAGCCGCUUCCGGCCGGCCGGAGCGCCGCUGCUGCUGCCGCGCUCAGCCCCGCUGCCGGGCCGUCGGCCGCGCCGCGCCGCCGCUGACGCCGCGCCCGGGCGGAGGUCGCGCCGCCCUGCAGCGGGGCCGCGGCUCCUGGCGGCCCGCGGCGGGGUGCCCGCGCUGCCGCGUUUCCCGCGGCGGGACAUGGCGGCGGAGGAGUCUCGGUCGCUGCUGGGCCGCCCCGCGCCAGACGCGUACCCGAGAGUGCAGAACAAGAAGCUGUAUCUCGCCACCUUCGCUGCUGUCUUGGGACCUCUUAGCUUUGGCUUCGUGCUAGGCUAUAGCUCACCUGUUAUUCCCGAGCUGAGUAAAGUCAACGAUCCUAAACUAAGACUGGACAGCAAUCAAGCGUCGUGGUUUGGGUCUGUAGUAACAUUAGGAGCUGCUGCUGGAGGAAUACUGGGAGGCUAUCUUGUGGAUAAAGCUGGGAGAAAACCGAGUCUAAUGCUGUGCUCAGUACCAUAUGUUUCUGGAUAUAUAGUUAUUAUUUCUGCUCAGAAUAUUUGGAUGCUUUAUUUUGGAAGAAUACUGACCGGCUUAGCCAGUGGAAUUACUUCACUUGUUGUUCCAGUGUAUAUUUCUGAAGUAGCUCAUCCUAAAGUUCGUGGUAUGCUUGGCUCUUGUGUUCAACUGAUGGUGGUGACUGGCAUACUGGGAGCCUACAUUGCAGGAAUAACACUAAAGUGGCGCUGGCUGGCAGUGUUGUGUUGUUUCCCCUCCUGCAUAAUGCUUUUGUUCAUGUUCUUCAUGCCUGAAACACCGAGAUUUCUGCUGAAUCAGAACAAACGUUCAGAAGCCAUAGCGUCUUUACAGUUUCUGCGGGGACCAUAUGUGGAUCAUGAAUGGGAAUGUAGGCAGAUUGAAGCUAAUGUUGAGGAGGAGGGAUUGAGUUUUUCAGAGUUCAAGAAUCCUUCAAUCUACAGGCCACUUCUUAUUGGUGUGGCACUGAUGUUCUUCCAGCAAGUAACGGGCAUUAAUGCAGUUAUGUUUUAUGCAGAAACUAUCUUCGAAGAUGCAAAUUUCAAGGACAGCAGAAUGGCUUCUGUUGUUGUGGGUUCCAUACAAGUAUGUUUCACUGCAGUGGCUGCACUUAUCAUAGAUAAAACUGGACGAAAAGUACUGCUUUACAUAUCCGGGAUCAUUAUGGCUCUCAGUACUGCAUUGUUUGGGCUUUACUUUAAAAUGGUCCUUCCAAAUCCAAACAACUCAUCCGAUCCUGAUCUACUCUUCACCUUAAAUACAGUAGCUCCAGGAACAGAAAGCAGCCUAUCCUGGCUUGCUGUAGUGAGCCUAGGGCUCUUUGUUGCUGGUUUUGCCCUCGGCUGGGGUCCCAUCCCGUGGCUGGUGAUGUCUGAAAUCUUUCCACUGAAAGCCAGAGGCAUUUCCAGCGGUGCUUGUGUGCUAACAAACUGGGUUAUGGCUUUCCUGGUAACCAAGGAAUUUCAUGAUCUUAUAGGUUUCUUAACAUCCUAUGGCACAUUCUGGCUCUUCUCUGCCUUUUGUUGCAUGAAUGUAAUUUUCACAGCCUUUUAUGUUCCUGAAACAAAAGGACGGACCUUGGAACAGAUUGAAGCCUACUUCAGAAGAUCUUAAACCUGAGGCUCUUAUAUUGAUAUGAAACUUUCAUAUCACAAGUUAUGAUGUUAUUGUUAAACUAUCUGUAUCACUUGGCAGACUUCUCAGUGACACAAUUUGAUUGAGAAAAAUCUGUUUUUUAUUAAAAUAAUAAAAAUAAAGGGACUCUGCACACACUUUAGCAUUUCUGCCUAUUAAUUGCAAUACAUAUUCUCCCUUGUACAGGUCUUGGAUGUAUUCUUUUUCUUCAGUUCCUGUGUUCCUUUCACCUAGUCCAGACUGACUAAAAUGAUGUAAAUAAAGACCUAAAUUUGUAAAUUUUAAUUCCUUUACCCCAAUAUCUAUGCUGUGCUAAUGUCUUUUAUAGCAUAUGCUACAGAGAAGAAACUAAUGAUACAGCCUGACUAAUGUUAACUUCAGGCCACUAUGACUUUUCCUUUAUUUGUGUACCUACUUGCAUGUCUGGGAUUUCUGACCAUGGAAUAACGGUGAUGGAAGUCUUUAUCCUAGAGAUGAAGGACUGCUUUCAUGUGCAUUAGCAUUAAGCUGUCUUUUGAGGUGCUGCCUUGACCUAGGACAGCUAAUACUGUACUCGCGUAACAGCUGCUAACUCUGUGGUUGCAUGACCAUUGCACAAUGUUUGUAAAUAUUUGAACAUCCUCAAACAAGUCUGUCUCAGUGUAAACUUCUCCCUUCUUUGUAUAAAGUUACACUAGAUGACCAUCA